AAAAACACGUCCUCUCUCUCUCUCUGGGCCGCACGGUCGCAACAACUACCCCCGCACUCGGUCUCGGCAGGGGCCUCUCUCUCUCUCUCUCUCUCUGUGUCUUGCCGCGACGGAGACGAAGGAAGUGGCGUCAUUGGAGAGGGAUCCGCCAUGGACGCCCUGACGGAGCUCUGCGACCUUGUGUCGCAGAAUCCCGAAGCUUUCGGGGACAAGAUCGCCUGGAUCUGCAGUCGCUGUCCGACGACGCUCUCUACCUCGGGGGAUGGCGGUCCUCCGACUCGGGUUACCCGCUCUCAGCUCAAUGCCGUGCUUGCCGUCGCCAGCUUCCUCUCCAAGUGUCCCGCGUACGCUGACCAUCGCCCUCGAACGGCGGUCCUCGACUUUCUGCGUUCCAUUCCGGCGUCUUUCCACGAAGCGUUCUGGCCGCCUGGGUUCGGCGCGGACGCCGUGGAGGUGUUCUUCUCGGACCUCCUCGGGCGGGUUACCAAGGCUACCGAUGUGUCCCCGGCGCUGGCUGCGGAGGUGACGAGUUUCUUCGGUGGGAUCGUCGUCAACUCGGUUCGCUUCGGGGCGGAAACGCCGAUUGCUAGGGCGUUCCUGAUCGCGGUGUCGAAGACCUGCCCGCCCGUGACGGAGUCCGACGGGGAUGACCUCGUCAGUUGCCUCCUCGAGGGGUUUUCGCCCCAGGGAUCGCCGAGGGAGGUUGGAUCGAUGUCGUCCCCGUCGGAUUACGCGUCCUCCGUCGAAAAUUCGGGUUCUGCAGCAAGCACGCCGUCGAAGGGGAAGGAUAAGGAGGAAGCUUCCGAGGACGGGGCGAAGGGGUCGAGGUUGAAUGGGACCAGCAUUGCAGGGCGGAGUAGCCUGGAUCAACUGGCGGUGCCGUUCGGUUUCAACGACGGCGUGGCGGUGCUGAAGCAGCAGAUGAUUGCUUUCGAGGAGGAGACGGUCGAGGGUUUGGAGAAGCAGGAGAUGACGUUUCGGCUAUUUGGGCAUGUGCUUGAUCGGGUGCCUGUGAGGCUUUGUCAUCUGGAGCAGAUGAGAACCGUAGCUUCAAAACAGCUUAAAUCCUUACCGGUAUUCCUCAGGAUUCGGAAGCGGGAUUGGACUGACCAAGGUUCGACUCUGAAAGCCAGGAUCAACGGGAAGCUUGCCGUUUGCCAGGCAGCAGGCUGGGUGCUGGUCAAGAGUCUUCUUUCCCUAAACUCUGAAGGCAAGACCUCAAAAAUGCUUCUACGAGGAACGCUUGCGGUGCUCCUGGAUGCUGCCGACGCUUGUAUACUUUCUUCUUGGCGCAAAUUAAAGACUUGUGAGCAGCUCUUCAGUUCUUUGCUGAAUGGAGUCGCACAGGUGGCGGUUGCUCGGGGUGGGCAGGUUUUGCGAGUGUUGCUGCUUCGACUGAAGUCCCUCGUGCUGUCUGUUUGUACCCCGGCACCUUCUGCGGGUGAUGCUAAGGAUGGAACUCAGGAUGCAAUGUUCGAUAGUGUGACUAAAACAUGCUGCGAGAUUAUUGAAUUUGGUUGGAACAAAGAUAAGGCUCCUGUGGAGUCGUUCAUCCUGGCAUUGGCUGCAAGUAUACGUGAAAGAAACGAUUACGAGGAACAGGAUGAGAAGGACAAACAGGUUUUCUCUGGUGUGCAGCUAAAUGUCAUCCGCUUUCUAGCUAACUUGAGUGUUUCUGUUAAUAAAUGGGAAGUUGUAGAUAUGGUGCUUCCUCUAUUUAUUGAGAGUUUGCAAGAGGGUGAUGCUUCAGCUCCUAGUCUAUUGCGCUUACGAUUGUUAGAUGCAGUGUCACGGAUGGCAAGUUUAGGUUUUGAGAAGUCCUAUCGGGAGACAGUAGUGCUGAUGACUAGGAGCUAUCUAGAUAAACUUUCGGCUGUCAGUUCCCCUGAACCAUUAUCGCCUGAAGCUACUAAGGAACGAGAAGAGACACUCCCUGCAGGUUUUCUUCUGAUAGCUAGUGGGCUUACAAAUGCUAAGUUAAGGUCAGACUAUAGAAAGUGCCUGUUAGUUUUAUGCUCUGAUGUUGGACUAGCGGCGGAAUCAAAAAGUGGAAAGAGUGGAGGUGAUUUUUUGGGUCCCAUACUUCCAGCUGUUGCAGAAAUAUGUUCUGAUUUUGAUCCUACUCAAGAUGUUGAGCCUUCUUUGCUGAAAUUGUUUCGCAAUUUAUGGUUUUAUAUUGUAUUGUUUGGUUUGGCUCCUCCCAUCCAGAAGAAUCAAGUUCAAGCAAAGCCUGCAUCCACAUUGACUAGUUUAGCGAGCAUGAGUGCGCUUGCUCUUCAAGCUGUUGCAGGGCCUUACAUGUGGAAUGGCCAGUGGUCUAUGGCUGUUCAACGUAUUGCUCAAGGAACACCACCACUGGUUGUUAGUUCAGUGAAAUGGCUUGAAGAUGAGUUGGAACUUAAUGCACUUCAUAAUCCCGGUAGCCGUCGAGGCAGUGGCAAUGAGAAGGCUGCUGCUGCUCAGAGGGCUGCUUUAUGUGCAGCUCUUGGUGGUCGGGUUGAAGUGGCUGCAAUGGCUACAAUUUCAGGUGUCAAGGCAACAUACCUACUUGCAGUGGCUUUCUUAGAGAUGAUACGCUUUAGUUGCAAUGGUGGCAUCCUCAAUGGUAGCUCUGAGUCAGCAGAUUCUAGAAGUGCCUUCAGUUGCGUGUUUGAGUACCUUGAGACUCCAAAUUUGAAGCCAGCCGUGUUACAGUGUUUGACCGCCAUUGUCCAUGGAGCCUUUGAAACAGUGUGCAUGUGGCUGGAUGAAAGAGUUGCUGCAGCUGGUGGUGAAGCUGAUAGAAGGGAAGCCGUGCUUUGUGCUCAUGCUUGCUUUCUGAUAAAAAGCAUGACGUUGAGGGAGGAACAUGUCCGUGAUAUUUCUGUUGUUUUACUCACUCAGAUGAAAGACAGAUUUCCACAGAUACUAUGGAAUUCAUCAUGUGUUGAUUCACUGCUCUUUUCAGUGGAUAACAAUGUACCUCCCAGUCUUGUCAAUGAUCCAGCCUCUGUGGCAACAAUUCGUGCUGUUUACCAUCGAGUAGUGAGGGAAUGGAUUACAAAUGCUCUUUCAUAUGCCCCAUGCACAACGCAGGGUCUGCUGCAGCCUUUUAUUCAGGAGAAGUUUUGCAAGCUGAACGCCUGGCAAAGGACACUUAAUGCAAGUGACGUUGUGACUCUUCUUUCUGAAAUACGUCUUGGGAGUGGGAAAUCGGAUAGCUGGACUGGCAUCCGGACAGCAAAUAUUCCUGCAGUAAUUGCAGCAGCUGCAGCAGCUUCUGGGGCUAACUUGAAUGUGACAGAGGCAAUCAACCUUGAGGUGCUUUCUACAGGAAUAGCUAGUGCAAAUGUUAAGUGUAACUAUACUAGGGAAAUUAGUGGUAUGAGGAAUUUCUAUAGCAGCAUUGGUGGGUUUGGACAAAAUAUGGCACCAUCAAAUGGUUUCAGUCUGGAUCUCGCUUUCCAAGGCUUAAAAGCUAGCUUUUCUAAUGAGCAAGUGCAGCCCAAGAAUGAUUCGUUCAACGAGAUCCUUCUGACAAAGUAUGUGGGCCUCCUUCAACAAUUUGUUAGCAUUGCUGAGAAAGGUGUAACAUUGGACAAGGCAUCAUUCAGAGAGACUUGUUACAGGGCUACUGCUUUGCUUCUCUCAAGUCUUGAGACGGAUGUGAAACUGAACUCGGAAGGAUUUUCUCAGCUGUUGCGGCUUUUGUGUUGGUGUCCAUCUUAUAUUUUAACAACUGAUGCAAUGGAGACAGGAGUCUUUAUCUGGACAUGGCUGGUUUCAGCUGCACCUCAGUUGGGAUCUCUCCUUCUUGCUGAGCUUGUGGAUGCAUGGUUGUGGACAAUAGACACAAAAAGAGGGUUAUUUGCAUUUGGUAUGAACAAUGCUGGACCUGCUGCUAAAUUGAGGCCUCAGCUUUCACCAGGGGAGCCUGAACUUCAGCCUGAACGAGAUCCUGUUGAAGGAAUCACUGCUCAUAGAUUAUGGCUUGGUUUUCUUAUUGACAGAUUCGAGGUUAUCCGGCAUGAGAGUGUUGAGCAACUUCUUCUUCUUGGACGCAUGUUGCAAGGGACAAUGAAGUCACCAUCACAUUUCUCACAGCACCCUGCAGCGGUGGGCACAUUUUUUACUGCAAUGCUUCUUGGAUUUAAGUUCUGCUCAUGCCAAACUCAGAGCAAUCUUGAGAAUUGUAGAACAGGGCUUUGUUUGCUGGAGGAUCGUGUAUAUAGGGCAUCCUUGGGUUGGUUUGCUCAUGAGCCUGAAUGGUAUGAUACAAGUAAUAAAAGCUUUGCACAUGCUGAAGCCCAGUCUGUUCAUCUUUUCAUUCACCAUCUGAUGAAUGAAAGAGUUGAAUCAUCUCCAGUAGAUCAAUCCUCUAAAGUACGCAAUCGAGAAAGUGGAAGUUCGUUCGGUAAUAUGACAGAGCAAGCUCAUCCAGUCUGGGGCUCUGUGGAGAACCCUACUAUAGGGAGAGAAAAACGGAAACAGUUGCUUUUGAUGCUAUGCCAGAAUGAAGCUGAGAGGCUGGAUGUCUGGGCUCAACCGUUGAAAGAUAGCACUUCAAGCCGUUCCAAAAUCAGCUCUGAGAAGUGGAUAGAGUAUGUGAGGACUGCUUUUUCUGUAGAUCCGAGAAUUGCCCUUUCCUUGGCUGCUAGAUUUCCAUCAGUAUCAGCUCUGAAGAAUGAGCUAAUGCAGCUGGUGCAAUUGCAUAUACUGGAUCUUCGUACAAUACCUGAAGCUUUGCCGUUCUUUGUUACUCCUAAGGCCGUCGAUGAAAACUCGGCACUGUUGCAACAGCUGCCACAUUGGGCUCCUUGUUCUAUUACUCAAGCACUUGAGUUCCUUACUCCACCAUUUAAGGGCCACCCACGUGUCAUGGCUUAUGUGCUUAGAGUUUUAGAAUCCUAUCCUCCAGAAAGGGUCACAUUUUUCAUGCCACAAUUGGUCCAAGCUCUUCGCUAUGAUGAAGGGAAAUUAGUGGAAGGCUAUUUGGUGGGUGCUGCUAGACGAAGCCAUAUUUUCGCUCAUAUACUAAUAUGGCAUCUUCAGGGAGAAUCAUCUUUUCCAGAGACAGGAGGUGAUUCUGGCCCUGUGAAGAGCACCUUCCAAGCACUUCUGCCAAUUGUUCGGCAGCGAAUUAUUGAUAGUUUUACAACUGAGGCCCUUGACUUGUUCCGAAGAGAGUUUGACUUUUUUGACAAAGUGACAUCUAUUUCUGGUGUACUUUUUCCGCUUCCAAAAGAAGAGAGGAGAGCUGGAAUUCGUAGGGAACUUGAAAAGAUAGAGAUUGAAGGGGAAGACCUUUACCUUCCAACUGCUCCAAACAAACUUGUCAGAGGCAUUCAGCUUGACAGUGGGAUCCCCUUACAGUCUGCUGCUAAAGUUCCUAUAAUGAUUACAUUUAAUGUUAUUGACAGAGAUGGUAAUCCUGAUGACAUAAAGCCUCAGGCUUGCAUUUUCAAGGUCGGAGAUGAUUGUCGACAAGAUGUACUCGCACUUCAAGUGAUAGCUCUCCUUCGUGACAUUUUUGAAGCUGUUGGUCUCAACCUCUAUCUUUUCCCUUAUGGGGUUCUUCCUACUGGAUAUGAAAGAGGCAUAAUUGAGGUUGUGCCGAAUACACGAAGCAGAAAUCAGAUGGGUGAAAUUACUGAUGGGGGCUUAUAUGAGAUUUUCCAACAAGACUAUGGCCCUGUUGGAUCUCCGACAUUUGAAGCUGCUCGCUAUAACUUCAUUAUCAGCAGUGCUGGUUAUGCAGUUGCGAGCCUUUUACUGCAGCCAAAGGAUCGGCAUAACGGGAAUCUACUUUUUGACAAUGAGGGGAGGCUUGUUCAUAUUGAUUUUGGAUUUAUCCUAGAAACGUCACCUGGUGGUAACAUGAGAUUUGAAAGUGCCCACUUUAAGUUGAGCCAUGAGAUGACUCAGCUGCUUGAUCCAUCUGGAGUGAUGAAAAGUGACACCUGGAAUCAGUUCGUAAGCCUGUGUGUGAAAGGAUAUCUUGGCGCAAGGAGGCAUAUGGAUGGGAUUAUAAACACUGUACUGCUGAUGGUGGACAGUGGAUUGCCAUGCUUCAGUCGUGGUGAUCCAAUUGGAAAUCUUCGAAAGCGCUUCCACCCGGAGAUGAGUGAACGUGAGGCUGCGAAUUUUAUGAUCCGCACAUGCACCGAUGCUUACAACAAAUGGACCACUGCUGGUUAUGACCUAAUACAGUACUUACAGCAAGGCAUAGAGAAGUAGUCCACGUAUAUUCUACCCUAGGCAUAGAUCCAACAUUACACCAGAGGCACAUGUAUAUUUAACUUUGCCACGAGUUGUAUCCUAAUUUAUUUGUCUGGAACUUGGAGCUGCAGUUCUUCCGGUUCUUAUACUCCUGUAAAAGAAGGAAGAUUUGGGGGUUGGGGGAUGUCGGGUUCUGUUGUUUCUGUGGAGGGAGGCUGGGGGUUCCUUUUGAAUUCUAUUGGGUGUAAUAACUUCUGCAAUUCCGAUUCAGUUGUACAAAGAUGAAUUGUAGCUCCAGUUCAUGAUUCAUAGAAAUGUGAUCAUUUUUGC